AAAAGAGCAAACGCAUUCUAGUCUACUUCAAGCAUCGACACGACCAACCUCAGUCUAAUAGCACUUCUGCUUUCAUGGCCUUGUAAUAGACGAGGAUAUACCCCCCCUUACCUUUUGUCUCCACUAGUAAUAAUCAUUUUAAAAUACUAAUUGAAAAUUUGAAGCCUCUUGAAACCUGCAUUUUUCUUGAUACCCACACCAGAGCGCUUUUGUUCGUCACACAUUGCUGACUUCAUCAUCUGAGACAGAAUCCUAGCUUUUUUUUUGCUCUUCGUCCAUCUCAGAGAUAUCCAUGGCGGAUAAUGCCGCAAAACUGCAAGAGCUCAAGCUCAAGAUUGACCAAAAUGUCUACAUGAGGGAUAAAGCUAUUCAGUUGCGAAAAAUGCUACAGGAUCGCAACGCGCAACUUCAGUGCGACACGCAAAUUAAGGAAUCGCAAAAGUAUAUUGACUACUUUUCAGAAGAAAUGACCAAACUGCAGAGCCGGUCGGAUUUUGAGAAGAAUAGACCUGUCAGUUCACUUCAAACUACAACCGACAACAAUUCGGCACCACCAAGGUCAAGUAGUAAAAGUGUUGCGGUUGAAUUGAUGGACCAGAAGAGGGAGACAAAUCUAGAUCUUUUAAAAUCAGAUACGAAAAUCAACAAAGCAAAGGUUUCUUUGAAGUUGCACGAACUAGAGUAUAAGUUGGAUGUGGAGAAAAAAGUUCAAAUCGGUAUCAGAAAGUUAGCCAGUACCUUUGAACGUGAUCCAUCCAUUGUCGAUCGCCGACGCAUAUCUGAGGUACAGGGCCAGUUAUCUGAAAGCAAUGAAAAGAUAAAGCUGCUCAACAAGGCUGUUCGAAAAUACAAAAAUCUUUAUAUCGGAGAAGAAGACGAAGAUGAAGCGGAAGAAAUCGAAACUCAACCAGGACAGCGCGGACAACCCGGUAUGCGACGGCCUGUGACCGGCAAAGUUCGCUUGAGUAUUCUAGAAGCCCGUGAACUUGCACAUGCACCAACUAGGACAUUUAAGACCCCUGAAACAGUGGUUGUGGUCAAGAUUGAUGGCAACAUUUGUUUUCGUUCUCGUCCUUCGCGGUCGGAUCACUGGAAUGAACAAUGCGAAACGCACGUUGAUAAGGCAUCCGAAGUAGAAGUGACUAUUUACGAUCAAUCCGGAGAGCGAAGUGUACCUAUCGGUGUGUUAUGGCUCAAAAUUUCGGAUAUUGCAGAUGGUUUGCGUAGGCAAAAAAUCAUGCAAGACAAUGGUCCUGGAUGGGUAUCAGCUGAAGUUGCUCAACAACAACAGUAUCCACAAUUACCCUCCGCGGGUAGCCAAUAUUAUGGCCAGAAUCAGAUGCCGCAUUUGAAACAAGACUCCCCAGGCAUCACUGAUGUUAGACAAGAUGCUACUCAAACUAACCAGGAGGGCAUAGAAGCUUGGUUUGAUGUAGAGCCUGUCGGUCACAUUCGCCUUCAAUUGAAUUUUGUUCGAGAAAAUGCAAGCCGCCGACCUUUAGACAAACUUGGGCGUGCUGGUGCCGUUCGUCAACGCAAAGAGGAAGUACAUGAAAUGAAUGGCCAUACAUUUGUCGCCAAACGAUUUUACAACAUUAUGCGAUGUGCUCUGUGUGGCGAGUUCAUGGUUAAUAAUGGCUAUCAGUGCGAAGAUUGCGAACUUUCUUGCCAUAGGAAAUGCUACACCAAAGUGGUCACCAAAUGUAUCUCUAAGUCUGAUGCUGAAUCGGACGCAGACGAAGAUAAACUCAAUCAUCGCAUUCCUCAUCGAUUCGAACCUAACACUAAUAUCGGUGCCAAUUGGUGUUGUCACUGUGGUUACAUGCUCCCUAUUGGUAUUAGAGGAUCCAAGAAGUGCACAGAAUGUGGAAUAUCUUGCCAUAGCAAGUGUGCGCAUCUUGUUCCGGAUUUCUGUGGUAUGUCCAUGGAAAUGGCCAAUCAGAUGCUUCAGGAAAUGAGAGCUGCUAACAAACGCAAGACGCCGCAAGCAAGUACCAAUAAAGCCAAUGCAAGCUGGGAACGACCAACGAGCACAGGAUCUAUCAAUUCUCAAAACGAUGCCUCAAGCCUCAUGGGUAAAUUGUAUAUAGAUGAUAAUAUAGCACCUACUGGACCUACCACAGCAUCACCUUAUCGACCAGACACAGCCCAACAUAUGAAACCAAUGCCACCGCCUCCUACCAGUCCAGAUCCAUAUUCUCGACCUCAGCAAGUGUUCGAUCCAAGGAUGAAUAUGCCUCAGCCCAUGCCUCCGCCUCACGGUACACCUAACCGCUAUGCACCUAUUCCUAAUAAUGCAUUGAUGAACCGACCGCCGGCUCCACCACAAGGCUCUUCGCCCAAGAUGGCUCAGCAAGGCUACAUUCCUCAACCUUAUCCCAUUGCACCAUCACAUCCAAGCUAUCAAGCUCAACGACCCCAACCACCUCAGCACGAAAUGCCUAGAUUACCGCCAUCACAGGGGCCUCCUACUACCCAAACACGCGGUAAAGUUACUCUUAACGAUUUCAAGUUUUUGGCUGUAUUGGGUAAAGGAAACUUUGGCAAGGUCAUGCUUGCUGAAGAAAAUGCCACUCGGGAGCUGUAUGCCAUCAAAGUGCUGAAGAAACGGUUCAUCAUUGAUAACGAUGAAGUGGAAAGUACUCGAUCUGAAAAGCGGGUGUUCUUGGCGGCAAGCAUGGAGCGGCAUCCAUUCUUGGUCGGCUUGCAUUCAUGUUUCCAAACGGAAUCACGCAUCUACUUCGUGAUGGAAUAUGUUAGUGGUGGUGAUCUUAUGUUACAUAUUCAACGAGAGCAGUUCUCGGAACGCCGGGCAAAAUUCUACGCUUGUGAAGUCUUGCUUGCGCUUGAGUACCUCCACACACAAAACAUCGUCUAUCGUGAUUUGAAGUUGGAUAACAUCUUGUUGACCUUGGACGGACAUAUCAAAAUUACUGAUUAUGGUUUGUGCAAGGAAAAUAUGGGAUACGGCGCAACGACAAACACAUUCUGUGGUACUCCCGAGUUUAUGGCUCCUGAGAUUCUACUGGAACAGCGAUAUGGUCGAGCUGUGGAUUGGUGGGCUUUCGGUGUCUUGAUCUACGAGAUGUUGCUUGGUCAAUCACCGUUUAGAGGAGAAGAUGAAGACGAAAUUUUUGACGCUAUCUUGGAGGAUGAAAUCCUUUACCCUAUCAACAUGUCUCGAGAUUCAGUGUCUAUCUGUCAAAAGUUGUUGACACGCGAUCCAGAGAGACGCCUGGGUAGUAGUCCAGCAGAUGCGCAGGAAAUCAAGGCCCACCCAUUCUUUGCCGGCGUGCACUGGGAUGAUAUGCUUCAGAAGCGCGUCCCUCCACCAUUUUAUCCGAAGAUUACAGGAAGAGCAGAUACUUCCAAUUUUGAUGAAGAAUUCACUCGCGAGAUGCCAGUGCUUACACCUAUUACAUCAACACUUAAUCGCCCUGAACAACAGGAAUUUAGCAACUUCUCGUAUACUGCUGACUGGAUCGGUAAAGCUUAGACAUCACCGCCCGUCGGAACCAUUCAUUAUUUAAAAAGAAAAAAAAACAACAACAUAAAUCAAAUAUCUAUUCAUAAUAAUAUUUUCAA